CUGUGACCCGCAGUCUUGUGCUGCUGCAGAGCAAUGCGUAGGACUAACUGCAAUCUAUCCCACAAACAAUCACACUAGAUACACCUACCGCAACAAGGAUUUGCCUUAAUUUACGGAUGGUGAAAUUUUCUAUCGAGUUUUUAUCGAAUAGUAAUUGUUUUAGUUGUCAAAAAGGACCUAAAGACCCGUGUUUCCUCGAAGCUAUCAUGCUGAACACAGAGGAAAGUUCCUGGUUAUCGGGGUCUCGGCUGCCCAGCUCCAUCCCUCAGUCUCCGGGGCCUCUGUGGUGCUCCGAUGCCCCUCACCCACAACUGAAGAUCCCGGGUGGGCGAGGGACUGUCAGGGAUCACUCUCUCGGCGUGCUACUACACAAGGAUGAGAAGUUAACGGUGACACAGGCAACUCCAGCGAGUGGAAACCCCUCUUUUCUACACUUCCACUACCAGCUGAGUGAGCGCCGCUCAGCCUUCUGGGAUAUGGUUCUAUCAGGAGACAGCCUCUUCCUGGAGAUCCCUGCCGGGCAGCUAGUGGAGGGGAGCAAAGAGGGGCUAACUGCUCUGCUGGAGUUUGCAGAAGAGAAGCUCAAAGUUAACUAUGUGUUCCUGUGGUUCCAUAAAAACAGAGAGGAUCGAUUGUCCAUCAUCAAGACGUUCCACUACAUGGGCUUUGAGAUUGUGAAGCCAGGCCACCCCAUGGUACCGGCCCGGCCUGAUCUGGCCUUUAUGGUUUACUCUUUGGACAACAGCAGCUCAGACGAGGAGUGACUGCCACACCGUCUCCUGACACCUCCCUCUCCCACCCUUGCCUCCUCCCCCUCCCCCCCCCCCCCCCCCAUAGAAACGCGCCUAAUGCCCGUUUUCUUCCUCAAGCAAUCGAACCGGCCUUGGCUCUUGCUCUGACAUAAACCAGGAAGGUGUCACCUAUUUUUUUCAUACACUUGUGAUUUAAAGGGGGUUCUUUGAGAGUGGUAGGAUGUCCAUGUGAGGCAGACACCCCCGCCUUCCCCCUUUUCCCCGAGGAUAUUUGCAGAUUGGAUAAACAGGGAGUGGCAUACUUUGAACUAAGCCAUCACAUGCAUCUUGGGAUUUUGGGCUUUUUUUCUUUUUUUCUGCGUAGUUGUUUCUCUCUUGGCCACAUUAUUUGUUUGGGCUGCCAACAAGACAAACAACAGUUUGACAUUCAGGGGAAGGUGGUGUUUUACAUUAAAAUUCAGCAAAUCUCUCCUCUGACAGCAUCAACCUUUUUAUAAAAAAAGAGACUUUGGAUUGUCUUUGUGUGCGUUAUAUCAUGCAAGAUGUGUUUGGUUGAGAAAAGAGGAAAUUAUGGGUUUGGUAUGGUCAAAAAAAUGCAUUUUUACAUUAUAAUAUGGAUGGGUGAAAGCCUGAUCUGUUACAUUUAACAUUAAAGCACAUGUAAGCAUUUCUUUACACUUCUUCCUGAUAUAAGGCAUCAUUCCAGCACACGUCAAUCACUCUGGGGUUGUUGGCUCUAGAGUGUUUUUUGUUAGCUCUCAUUUGCCUAAAAAUCACUCUAGCCACAGAUGUGCAAAUACCCUGUUUGACCCUUUGACACUGUCUCUCCAGACGUGUCAAAGCUAAGAAGCAGCCUGCAUGUUGAAUGUCACAAAAUGGUAGCUGCCAGCUGGCUGAGGAAAAUGCCUUCUCUCUUCCUCCUCUGCGCAAUAAUCAACCUGUCAGGCUGACUCUGAGUUAUUGACGAGUUAUAGAGGGGGACGGCCUCACUGUUGUUUCACUUUGCUCGUUACAAAGAAACAAACGGAUAAGAGUUUGUUUUUGUUUUCAAAGAUCAUAAGCUGAAUAAUUGUUAGUGUGAGAUGGUCAGGUUUAAAAAGAACCUACUCCACUUACUGUUACAUUGCAUUAAAAUGUAUACAUAAUGUAUGAAUCUAGAUAAGCUUUAGCCCCAGUUUGUGCCCCAUGUAUUCUCAUUACACACCCUCCUAUUUUGUCUUUUAACCCUUGUGUUGCCGUCGACCAUGAAAAAAACACUUCGUUUGUUUUUUACGUUUUCUUCUGGUGUUUUUUCAUCGUUUUUUUGCUUUUCCCAACGUUUUGUCUUCUUUCUUUUUUUUCUUCUACAUUUUUGGCGCUUAUUUCAACUUCCCAUAUUUUCCGAUAUAAAAAAACACAAACGGGUCAAAUUUCACCCGAGGACAACAUGAGGGUUAAAUGUAUAACCUGUUGCAAAAGCCCAAUACUAAUUGUGUUAUCUGAAGGUGUUUCCAGGAUCUUCAAAUGCUCUUAUAACCAUUUGGAUUAAAAAGUUUCCUAUUCAGGUAGCUGGAUAUGACAUUAUGUCCUUGCUUGCUCUGUACAAGAAACGUGUUAUUUUGUAUGAAAAUACAAAACAAUGCAAUUUAAGAUUAAUGUAGGCACAAACUGGGCCUAGUGAAGCUUAAUUCAGUCCUGUAGAGUCAUCAGCAGUACUACCCCCGCACCAGUUGAAAGGCUUUUUGUGCCUAAAGAGGAGAGUGCAAUGUUAAUAUUUUUUACUCGAGUCUUAUUGAGAUGUGUCCAUUUUUUCCAUAUUUCAUCCCAUGCAGAUUCAAACCUGUGUGAGGAAAAGAGCUCAUUGUAGAGGUACAACAGGAGCACUUUGGGUGAUUACCAUAUAUGCAAUUAGAGUAAAAAAACAGGAGGAAUCUUGUGCAGUUUUUUUUUUUUUUUUUGGUGGUUUGAAGUAAUCUUAAUAAAAACGCCAAAGAAUCCAUUCUGUCUGUAACAUGCUGUCGAUUUGAAAUCCUCUUGCUUUCAAUAUUCAGCUAAUUUAAACCUAGUAUGGUAUGUAAUGCAAUAUUAACCUACAUUCCCCAUGCCAGCCAUACUACCUGUAACACCUAAAAGAAACGUGAUCGUAGUCUGUUCCAUAUUGGUGAUGGGAUGCGGUGGGGGCCUUUUUCUUCUGCAUGUGUUCAGAUCAUAUGAGUCUUCAUUGCAUCUGAUUGAGCCCUGGCAAUGAGCUGUUAAGAAAUGUCAAUAUAUGGAUUUUCUCAGAGGUAUAUUUUUAUGUAUGUAUAUUUCUCAAAUGUUUACUGUGAUAGUUUAGGGAUUUAAUUUUUUUUGUUCUCUGACAUAGUUAGAAACCAUUCAAUGACAAUCCACACUUGUAUACUUUGGAAUUUUUGUCUUGGGGGGCAAAAACAAUAAAGGUUAUCUUAAUGGGU